AUGGAUACCCAGCACCCAGUAUUUGAUGAUCAUUACCUAAAGGUCUACCUUGGAGCCGAUCCCUUCUUCCAAUCCCGUUGUGUGAACACAGCCGGUAACUACACUGCAAACAGCACCUACCAGGCCAACCUCAACACCAUCUUCUCUCAGCUCACUUCUCAAACAGAUUUCAACUAUGGCUUCUAUAAUCUGUCGGCUGGUCAGAACUCCAACCGUGUUAACGCGAUUGCACUCUGCAGGGGAGACAGAAACCAAAACGAUUGCAACACUUGUCUAAACGAAACCAUAUCCCAACUCGGGCAACAAUGUCCGUUGUACAAGGAGGUGGUCGGAUGCCGAGCCGCCUCGGCGGGUCCUCUCCGGAAGUAUGCGGCGGAUAACUCGACUGUAGGCUUGUUUCAAAGAGUAUACGCUCUGGUACAGUUCAGUCCGGAUUUGGCCGAGCAACAAUGUGGCGAUUGUUUAAGUGUGGCUAAGAAUGGGAUUGGAAGUUGUUGCUUAGGAAGAAGGGGAUGCCGAAUUCUUAGACCAAGUUGUUUCUUGAGGUAUGAGUCUGACCAAUUUUAUCAGACUCCAAUUCCGCUACCGUCAACUCCGCCCCCUGCGACUCCUCCUCCUCCUCCUCCUCCCCCUCUACUACUAGAGACACCUCAAUCUCCAUAUGGAUCACAGACAUUGAUGCCAAUGUUUCCACAGUUUUCAUAG